AAUUUUAUAUAAUAUUUAUUUGUAAAGUUUUGAAAGUCAGAUAAUUAAGGAGUUUUGACUGUUCGAAACACAUAGUAUUGAGUAGCGACCCCAGACGGCAAUGGCAGAUUCCUGGAAACCUCCUUGAUCUUCACAGGCCGCCUUCCCUUUUCCUUUUCUUCUCCUCUCAAUCUCUGAUUCAGCCAUUGAAAUUCCUUCAACUAUCUCUCUCAGAUCGGAGCAGAUCGGACCAGAUCAGAGCAGGCCAUGCAACCCACCCCAAUCCUGAUUUUCGCAUCCAUCGCCAGUUUCUCCGUCGCAACCCUAUUCCUCUUCUGCGUCUUCUUACUCUUCCGAAAGCUCAAAUCGAAGCAUCGAACCCCCCGCCAACAGCAACAUCGCAACCGCAAUUUGGAUCUCUCUUCCAUCUCCGUCGAUGAGAGCGCCUCCUUCGAUCCUUCACUCAGAAUCUCCAUGGCCGAACUCCGAGCCGCUACCAAGAAUUUCAGCAGCGAUUUAAUCGUCGGCGAUGGCUCUUUCGGCCUCGUCUACAAGGCUCGCCUCUCCUCCGGCGCUACAGUUGCCAUCAAGAAGCUCAAUCCCGACGCCUUCCAAGGAUUCCGAGAAUUUCGAGCCGAGAUGGAGACUCUCGGAAAACUCCGCCAUCGAAACAUCGUCAAAAUGUUAGGAUACUGUAUUUCCGGCUCCGAUAGGCUUUUGAUCUACGAAUUCAUUGAGAGAGGAAGUCUGGAUAAUUGCUUGUACGAGACGUCGACUUCGGCGGAGGCCGAUGAGGAGUCCGAUGGAUAUUUGCCCUCGCGGCUACCAUUGCCAUGGGAGACCAGGCUGAAGAUCAUGAGGGGCGUUGCUAAUGGGCUUUCGUACUUACAUGGGCUUUCUCAGCCCAUUAUCCAUAGAGAUAUUAAGGCCGGCAAUGUCUUAUUGGACUCCGAAUUCGAGGCCCAUAUCGCGGAUUUUGGGCUGGCCCGUAUGAUUGAGAGUUCUAAUUCCCACGUGUCCACUCAGUUCGCCGGAACCAUGGGCUACAUGCCGCCGGAGUACAGGAACGGAUUGACGGGAGCCACGUUGAAGGCUGACGUGUACAGUUUUGGGAUUUUAAUGUUCGAGGUUGCUAUGGGCCGGAGGCCCAAUUUACCUAUGGUAUUGGACGACAAAGAAGUGGGCUUAAUAGAAUGGGCUCGGAUUUUAGUGGCCCAAAACAGACACAUGGAAAUGGUCGAUGCUAGCAUUUCGAGGGAGGAGCUUAUGGAGGCCAAUGUGAAGGAGUAUUUUAGGAUUGCUUGUUUGUGCACGAGUGAGAGGUCCAAGGAAAGGCCUCCUAUGUCUAAUGUUGUCGAGUUUUUGGAUCGAAUUUGCGACGUGAAGUUGUGUGACGACGAUGAUGAGUAUCAAACUAAGGUCAACGAGUAAUUUUGGCAAUAACCGCAACAUCGUCAUUCAUGUGGGUGAGAUGGGACAACAUUUCAAUUAUAAGGAAUGUAAAUAGUGAGUUGAGCCAAUUUUUUUCAAGUGGGUCCAAAUGUAGAGUGAGGUUGCGGAGUUCUUAGUUAUUUUAUUCUCUUUUUAUAGACCUAGUUGAGAGAAAUUUGAAUCUUUCAAUUAUAUUCUUGAACUAACAUAAACUUGGAAUUGAUGUGUUUUACUAGUCGUUUA